CUACACUACACAAAAUGGGAAAGGACAAGCUCCACGUUAACGUCGUCGUCAUCGGACACGUCGACUCCGGCAAGUCGACCACCACCGGUCACUUGAUCUACAAGUGCGGAGGUAUUGACAAGCGUACCAUCGAGAAGUUCGAGAAGGAGGCUGCUGAGCUCGGCAAGGGUUCCUUCAAGUACGCCUGGGUGCUCGACAAGCUCAAGGCUGAGCGUGAGCGUGGUAUCACCAUCGACAUCGCCCUCUGGAAGUUCGAGACCCCCAAGUACCAGAUCACCGUCAUUGACGCCCCUGGCCACCGUGACUUCAUCAAGAACAUGAUCACCGGUACCUCGCAGGCUGACUGCGCCAUCCUCAUCAUUGCCGGUGGUACCGGUGAGUUCGAGGCUGGUAUCUCCAAGGAUGGCCAGACCCGCGAGCACGCUCUCCUCUCGUUCACCCUCGGUGUGCGUCAGCUCAUCGUUGCCGUCAACAAGAUGGACACCACCAAGUGGUCCGAGGACCGCUUCAACGAGAUCGUCAAGGAGACGUCCACCUUCAUCAAGAAGGUCGGCUACAACCCCAAGACGGUCGCUUUCGUCCCCAUCUCCGGCUGGCACGGUGACAACAUGAUCGAGGCCACCACCAACAUGCCCUGGUACAAGGGAUGGGAGAAGGAGACCAAGGCUGGCAAGUCCACGGGCAAGACGCUCCUCGAGGCCAUCGACGCCAUUGAGCCCCCCACUCGCCCCACCGACAAGCCCCUCCGUCUUCCCCUCCAGGACGUCUACAAGAUCGGUGGUAUCGGCACGGUCCCCGUCGGCCGUGUCGAGACCGGUGUCAUCAAGCCCGGUAUGGUUGUCACCUUUGCCCCCUCGAACGUCACCACUGAGGUCAAGUCCGUCGAGAUGCACCACGAGCAGCUCUCCGAGGGUCUUCCCGGUGACAACGUCGGCUUCAACGUCAAGAACGUUUCCGUCAAGGACAUCCGUCGUGGUAACGUUGCCGGUGACUCCAAGAACUCGCCCCCCACCGAGGCCGCUUCGUUCAACGCUCAGGUCAUCGUCAUGAACCACCCUGGCCAGAUCGGCGCUGGUUACGCACCGGUCCUCGACUGCCACACGGCCCACAUUGCCUGCAAGUUCGCCGAGCUCACCACCAAGAUUGACCGCCGUACCGGCAAGUCCGUCGAGGACAACCCCAAGUUCAUCAAGUCUGGUGACGCCGCCAUGGUCAAGAUGAUUCCCUCCAAGCCCAUGUGUGUCGAGGCCUUUACGGACUUCCCCCCCCUUGGCCGUUUCGCCGUCAGGGACAUGCGUCAGACCGUUGCUGUGGGCGUUAUUAAGAGCGUCGAGGCAGCUGUUGGAGGAAAGGGUAAGGUCACUAAGGCUGCCGAGAAGGCUGGGAAGGCUGCUGGCAAGAAGUAAGGGCGUUUCUGCGCUUGUCUCCUUGACAAAUCGGUGGGAUUUGGAUUGUGGAGUGUGGGGGAAUCGUGUAGCUACCUCUCUUUGCUGUAGUAGUCGUCGUCUUGUCCUCAUCACCACCUCUGGUGUGUGUUGCUAGAUAGACUGCUCCUACCGUAGACGGGCGACGCGUCCUCCUUCUCCCUCCUUCCUCGCCUAAAACCCUUUUCGCCCGCGAAGAUCGAGCCGCGGAGUGUGCUCGACAAAAUCUCAAUUCUUCUCUUCUCCUUCCAA